AUGAAUAACCAACGAGCCAUUGUAAAUAUUAAUAACAUUUUUAUGUCAUUACUUGAAGAAGAGGAAGAAGAAGACAAUAUGUUAGAAUGUUUAAUGCUGAAGAAGAAAAGAAAAUCCACAAAACCCGUGUUUUUAAUGAGGGAACAAGAAGGAUUUUUUGAAAAACUAAUUAAAGGGCAUUUAGUAAACGAUGAAAAAUUGUUUCGUGAAUUUUUUAGAUUAAAUUUAAAACAGUUUAAUUUUGUUUUGUCACUGGUGAAAAAUGAUAUCUCUUCUGUGCCAUACAAUCGAGUACAACAGCCGAUAACACCUGAAGAAAAACUAGCACUGACGUUGAGGUAA